UCCUGAUUGCCUGAUUUCUUCAUGAAAACCAAUAAAAUCUGUGCUCCGGACUCAAAGCCAUAGCUGCCUUGCCAGAAUCACAGAGGACAGGAGGCUGCUGCUAUCUGACAUCUUCUGGAUGAAACCACCCCGGGGGUCAUUUAUUCAAGAAGAGGGGGGCUCUAGGCCUGAUCAGACAAACAAACUGACCCCAAUUAAUGCUACACCUGAAGGAGGCAUCUUUGAAAGACAGCUGGGAUUCUGCUGUGCCUUUUAGUAGCUGAGGAUGGGUAAAACUCAAGACUCUCAGGUGGAGGAGAGACCCAAAUGGGACAACAAGGUCCAAUACCUGUUGACAUGCAUCGGUUUUGCAGUGGGGAUUGGAAAUGUGUGGCGUUUUCCCUACCUAUGUCAGAUCUAUGGAGGAGGAGCGUUCCUUAUCCCAUACCUGAUAGCGCUGGUUUUUGAAGGCCUCCCCCUGCUCUACCUGGAGCUGGCUAUAGGUCAAAGGCUUCGCAAGAGCAGCAUCGGGGUUUGGACCUCCAUCUCCCCCUUGCUGGGUGGCGUUGGCAUCGCCUCCAUGAUAGUUUCCUUCCUGGUGGCCAUGUUUUACAACACCAUCCUGGCCUGGGUGCUCUGGUACUUGUUUCAUUCUUUCCAAGAGCCGCUCCCAUGGAGCUAUUGUCCCCUCAACGAAAACCUGACAGGUUUUAACGAAGAAUGUGAGAAAAGCACUCCGGUGAACUACUUCUGGUAUCGAGAGACCUUGAACAUCACACCGAACAUUGAAACCAGUGGUUCCCUGCAAUGGUGGUUGGUGGUCUGUCUGGCCAGCGCCUGGAGUAUCGUCUACAUCUGCUUCAUUAAAGGCAUCGAUUCCGUUGGCAAGGCUGUUUAUGUGACAACCACAUUCCCAUACCUGGUACUGACCAUCUUCCUGGUUCGCGGCCUCACACUGCCCGGAGCAACAGAUGGUUUAGCUUACCUUUUCACUCCAGAUUGGGAGAUACUCAAGAAUCCACAGGUGUGGCUAGAUGCCGCAACUCAGAUCUUCUUCUCUCUUUCAGUGGCUUUUGGAGGUCUUAUAUCCUUCUCGAGCUAUAAUUCAGAGAGAAAUGAUUGUGAGCGAGAUGCCGUUCUUGUUGGUGUGAUAAAUAGUGCAACGUCUCUUUAUGGAUCCAUUCCGAUAUUUUCCAUCCUGGGAUUUAAAGCCAGAUCCGCAUUUAACUCCUGUCUAGAGAGAAACAUCCUGACUCUGACCAACCACUUUGAGUUUUCAGACCAGAAUGUCACAUUGGAGAACUAUGAUCAGUGGUAUAAUCAUCUGAAUGAGAAAUUUCCAGGUCAAGUCCAAAAUUUGAACCUCAGGGAGUGUGACCUCCAAACAUUCCUUGACCAGAGCGCCUCUGGUACGGGCCUGGCUUUCAUCGUGUUCACAGAAGCAGUGAUAGAGAUGCCAGGUUCUCAGGUGUGGGCUGUGUUGUUCUUCGUCAUGCUCUUCAGCUUGGGUCUUUCUUCCAUGUUCGGUAACCUAGAAGGUGUCAUCACACCUAUCAGAGAACUCCACUUGGUACCUAAGAUGAUCCCCAAUGAACUUCUGUCAGGAAUCUUGUGCCUGAUAUCCUUCGGGGUUGCCCUCAUCUUCAGCCUGGGUUCAGGAAACUAUUGGGUGGAGGUCUUUAACGGCUAUGUAGGCUCCGUCCCUUUGCUCAUCAUCGCAUUCUUUGAAAUUAUCGGUGUGAUUUACAUCCGUGGAAUGAAAACUUUCAGUGAUGACAUUUAUUUAAUGACUGGGAGGAGGCCCAACAUCUACUGGAAAGCCUGCUGGUUGGUGAUCAGUCCAUUGAUGCUGCUGGUGGUGUUGGUCGCCUACGUGAUCGUCCAAGCACAGAACCAUCCGACAUAUCCCACAUGGAACCCAUCCUAUGAACUCUUCCCCCAAACGGAGGUGAAGGACUAUCCGGACUGGGUGUUCGCCAUCAUCGUCCUCCUCAGCUCUGUUCCUGUGCUCUCCAUCCCUCUGGUGGCUCUGGUCAGACUGAUCUGCUCAAGAGUCAAAAGGUCGUCAGCUGCAGUUGACCUAAACCCCUACGACAACAGCACCUUUCAGAUUGAAGUACAGGAACAGAGGAAUCCAAAGGCUUGAACCUGUCAAACGUCUCUUCUCGUCAUGCAUUUCAGCUGAGAAAAACAAUCCUGCUGGUUUCAAUGCUAAACCUCAAACAUCAGGGUUUUUUAUUUCACUUGGCUGCACUUUGUUUGUGUACUUGUGACAGUAAAAGAAAUCCCUGGAGGCUGAUGACGUUUCCGUGCACAUAUUUACAGACAAGUUAUUUUUAAAGCCUAACCAUAUCUUCUUUGUGGAAAACUACCGCAGCGAGUGAAUCAAAGUCCAGAGAUACAGGCGUCUGAGGAAUGAGCCAGGCUCCAUGUCAGAAGCUGGAUUCUUCUCAAGUUUUUCAUUCAUCAACUUGAGCUUGUUUUACGACACCGGUUUAUCACCGGGUUUUAUCGCUUAAGUGGUUUUUAAGAGAUGACCAAAACAUAUUUACUGUGCUUUACAGAACACGUAAGAUUCCAUUUGCUCGUUUAAACAAAAGCCUUGAAUGUUCAUCAUGUCAAUCUGAGAGAAAAAUUACAACGUUUUGCUUCCAUUUUCUUUUCUUUUAAUCACUUUAACAAAA